AAAAGAUGAAAAAUUACUGUAAAUGUGACUGUUUGAGUUAAUCUUUUAAAUCAACUCUAAUAAUCUUGCUUGUUAAAUUCAAUCUUAAAGUGUGUACCUGGAAUUAGCAUACCAAUUCCAUCUCAAUAUGAAAGAUCUUUGAGCUCUUUUUCUUUUGCCUCUUUUAUGUUAUUUUUUUUGUUUUGAAGAAAACAAUUGCAGCAUAGUUUUGCAUUCAUGUUAUAUAGUAGAGGUGGGAAAAAGCAUGAUGCCAAUUUUUUAUCUUAACAUCUUGACCUUGUAGAAAGGAUGGAAUUCAAUCUUAAAACGAGAAAUUCUACUUCACUUCAUUUGCAUGGCGUGUUAUCUGAUACAUAAUCAAUAAUCCAAAUGGAAGCCACUUUGGGUGUGGAAUGUACAACUCCACAAAAAUCACAGAGUGUACCAUUCGAUAAUUUGUCCUUCACGUUGGAAAGUGAGAAUAACACUUUGGGUAUGGAGAAUGCAACACCACAAAAAUCAUGGAGUGUGCCAUUCUGUGGAUCAUCUUACACACCAGAAUGUGAUGACUCUUUAAAGCCAGCAGUUGGCAUGACAUUUGAGGACAUAGAUUCAGCCAAAGAGUUCUAUAAAACCUAUGCGGCACAUGUUGGGUUUCCGGUACGUGUGGGUCAGCACAAAGCAAAGAAUGGUUUGGUGACGAACAAGCGUUUCUACUGCUCAAGAGAAGGGUUCCGUAAGGCUAAAGAUGAGACACAAUCUGAACCUGAAUGCAGUGGGAAAAGGAAAUGUGAAAGGAAAAUCACACGAUGUGGAUGUCUAGCAAUGAUUGCUCUCAAGCGGACAAAGGAAAAUAAAUACAUCAUAACCACUUUUGUGGAAGAGCAUACACAUGCGCUUGUCUCACCUAAUAAGCAGCAUCUCAUAAGAUCAAAUAAAGAAGUUGGCGAGAAGGUCAAGAUUACAUUGUUCAAUUUUCAUAGGGCUAGUAUUGGCACUUCAGAUGCAUAUCGUUUCCUUCGUGUUGGCCUUGGAGGUUUUGAGAAUGUUGGGUGCACAUUAAGGGACCUACAAAAUUAUCAUGGGAAGUUAAGGUGCUUGAUAAAGUCAUCAGAUGCUCAAAUGUUUGUUGACCAACUUAGCAGAAAGGUGCUUGCAAAUCCAGCAUUUUAUUUUGAUUACAUCGUCGAUGAGAAGGGCAGGUUAGUCCAUGCAUUUUGGGCAGAUGCCACUUGUAGGAAAAAUUAUGCUCAUUUCGGGGAUCUAGUAUCUUUUGACUCUACAUACAGCACGAAUGAGUAUAAUAUGAUAUUCACACCCUUCACUGGAAUCAACCAUCACAAGGCAAAUGUGUUGUUUGGGGCUGCAUUGCUAUCAAAUGAGAAGAUUGAUUCCUACACAUGGUUGUUUAAGACAUUCUUGAAUGCAAUGGGUGGUGUUGAACCUGCUGUAAUUAUAACUGAUGAAGAUGCCAGCAUGAAGAUUGCCAUACAAAAUUGUCGCGGGGUUUCUAGGGUACCCACAGCCGGGUGGCGGAGCGCACCCGCCUAUUCCCUGUGAGGGAGUACUCGGGGA